AUGAUGCAAGAUCUAAACAGCCUUGUCAAAAAGGGUGUACAAGAAGGCGCCCCGGCCUGGUACACGGGAUGGCCCAAGGAACAGGUGAACAGCUUUAAUUUUUGGCAUCGCCCAAUGAUUAGGUACACAACGGUUGGCAAAAAGAAAGAGAAGCAUUUUGAUAAAUUGUACAUGCUGGAACAUGACGUUCUGGAGAACGGGAGCGACCCACUGGCAUUCUCUUGGCCGGCAAAGGCCUUCUCAAAGACCAAUCCGGUUAAGGCUCCAAAGUUGGAGGCAUGGUUGAUAAACGAGGAGCUCAAGCAGGAUUGCUCCAGGUUGUUUGUGAUGGAGGAUAUCACUGACAAAGAUCCUGAGACAGCUUACGACCCACUGGUUACACGCAAGCAAAUGCUGUUAGAAUAA